CGACUGAGAGUGUGAUUGCAACCGCCAUCAAGGACCAGAAAGAUAAGAAAAGACACAGACAAGAGACGCGCAGACGGGGACCGAGACAGAGCAGAGCAGUAAAUGCAUCGUGGUGAAGCCUCAUUUUGCCCGCUGCCUCCACUUGCAACCUCGCAUCCCCCCUAUCGCUAAUUUCGAGACGCGGCAAAGCGCCCUGAGGCCCAUCGUUCCGGCCUCUGGCGCGCCACAGCCUGCACCCGCCCGCACUUCCGCCACUUGGUGUACACAAAUACAUAGUACUCUGCUCUUCCCCCCACUAACCGCCUCCAACCCGCCCGCAUACACGGACGCGGAUCUCUUCAAGCUGCAUAAACUUCGCGCCCUCCGGCGCAAGGCAAAGCUCAAGGGCGUCCUCAUCAGGACCGACCCAGCCAUGGCCAGCCCCGACGACCCCAUCUCGCCCACGGCCUCGUCCAAGCGCUCGCGCAGCAAGGACAGUCUCCGCUCCCUCACCACCUCGUCGCUCAAUACGCCCGCUGCCAGUACCCCCGCCGCCAGCACCCACAGCCUCGCCAACCCCCUCUCUGCCCCCGGCACGCCUACACCAGCCGAAAAUGCGAGCAUCCCAUAUCCCGCUUUCCUCGGCUCCGCCAGAGACGUCAAUGCCAAGUGGAAUCGCCUCGAAACGGCCCAGAACGACCGCCUUCGCGAUACCUCACAUCCGCCCGAUUCAGAGGAGCCGCCCAAGUGGGCACGCUGCGGCGGCGAGGAGUACGCCUUCCGCAACCGCUACGCCAAUGUCGACCCAUACCAGUCCAACAGAAUCCAUCUCGCCGUCCCUGAGGGCCACUUUGACUACAUCAACGCCUCGCCCAUAGACCUUGUGACGACCAAGUCCCAAACACCCCUCAAGUACAUCGCAACCCAGGGACCCAAGGCCGAGACCUGGUCGCACAUCUGGCGCAUGGUCUGGAAGGAGAAUGAUUCGCCCGCCGUCAUCGUCAUGCUUACCCAGACGUUUGAGGCCUACCGGGAAAAGUGCUACCCCUACUAUCCCCAGUCGCCCUCGAACCCCGACCUGCGUGUCAACGAGGAUGACGAAUUCCAAGACGGUCUCAUCCACAAUCUUCACCUGGCGUCAUAUACCAUUGAUGAUGAAGCGCGCACUCAGGUCCGGGAGAUCGACAUGACGACUGAUGAUGAAUCUGAGUCCAAGAAGGUCUGGCAUCUGCUCUUUGCCGGCUGGCCGGACUUCUCCGUGCCAGAAGGAGACGACCGCUCCGCUAUGCUGAAACUGGUCGAGAUUUCCCGUCUGAAGAACUCUGAUAAUGCUACCAACCCGCGGAUUGUGCAUUGUAGUGCAGGCAUUGGUCGCAGCGGAACUUUUAUCGCCCUCGACUGGCUGACGCAGGAGCUCCAAGAAGGUUCACUAGACGACGUACCCGAGACCGAGGACCCCGUUGUCAAGAUAGUCGAGAUGCUCAGGGACCAGCGCGCCGGUAUGGUACAGUCUAAGGUGCAGUUUCAAUUCAUCUACGAUGUCCUUCGCGAACAAUGGCGAGAGAGGUGGAUUGCCCAGAACCCUGCUCAGGCAAGCCAAUUAGGCCUUGUCAGCACCGACAACACGCCCGAUAGUGAGCCCGCACUGAAGCGUGUAAAGUCGGUGCACUACGGUGAAGACGAACAGACCCCACCAUCUGCAUCUUCGCCUUUGAGCAGUAGUGGUGCAUCCGACUCGCCAGAUGCUCGCGCCCAACUUGAAGCUGAGCUCCAGGACGCAGACAUGGAGUAUGAAAAUGGCAAGACUUAGUCGAUUUUGCAGCUUCUGAAGGAACCACGCCCCGGACGUGAGAGCAGAUGUCGAAGCACAGAGGGAUUCCCCUUCUCCCCUUCCUUCCCUCGUUCUUCAAAGUCAAUUGUCUUCCCUAGUACGCUCGUCCGCUUCACCUUCCUCUUACGAUACAAUACGUUCUUCAGGCUAUGUUGUCUUAUACGCGGUUUUUGCCUGUGUUUGCAUCGUUGGUUUCAUGUUUGUUUACUGGAAUGAGCCUGAUAGACUUUAAUACUUUCUUUGUUGUUGUUUUCUCAGUCUGUUUUUGCUUUGAAGAUGCAUAGCCUUGCGGAUAUAUACCCCUUGGGAUGGGUUUGGGUGUCUUUGGGUAGUCAGUAGAGCGACGGGCACGGG